GCCCCGCUGGGGCUCUGCCUGUGCCUCUGCUGUCUGCUGCUGCCGCCCCCCGCCCGCAGCAACUGGUGCUCCUACACGGUGACACGGACGGUGUCGUGCCACAUCCAGAACGGCACCUUCCUCCAGCGGGUUUUCCAGGGCUGCCGCUGGCCCCUGGCCUGCAGCGGGAGCAGCAGCUACCGCACCGUCGUCCGGCCCAUCUAUAGGGUGACCUACAGGACGCUGACGGCGCUGGAGUGGAGGUGCUGUCCCGGGCACACCGGGGCCAACUGCGAGGAAGAAGCUCACACCUUCCUCGCCCUGCGAGACACCGGGCGCCCCGGUGCUGCCCCACGCCGGCCCCCCCUGCGCCCCACGGCUUUCUCAGGGUGCCUGAACUGCAGCCACAUCGGGGAGCUGACAGCCCGGCUCGAGACCCUCGAGGCACAGGUGGCCCAGCUGUCGGUGGCCGAGUCCCCCACCUCCCCGGCACCCAAAGGCAACACCCCGGGCAGGGGGCUGGAGACGGGGCAGCUCUGGGGGUCCCCGGCCGCCCGUGGGAGCCCCGGGGGUGACGGGAGACUCGGCUGGCGGGGCCCCCCCGGCCCCAAGGGAGACGCAGGAGGACGGGGACCGUCGGGCAUUCCUGGGGUGAAGGGUCCAAAGGGGCCGCCAGGUCCCCCCGGCCCCCCAGGACCACCCGGCCGGGAUGGAGCCAGGGGGUUCCCCGGAGAGAAGGGGUUACCCGGCCCCCCCGGCCCCCCGGGCCCCCCUGCCCCUGUGGGGCCAGCGAUACCCCGCAUAGCCGAGCCCAGGGACCCUCUCCUCUCCAACACCUUCACUGAAGCUGCCGGGGGCAUCGUGGGUCCCGCCGGACCCCCCGGGCCCGUGGGGCCAAUGGGUCCCCCCGGCCCCCCAGGUCCCAUUGGGCCCCCCGGCCCCCCAGGACCCGAUGGUAGAGCCGGGGCACCCGGAGCUGCCGGCCCCCCCGGGGAGAAGGGAGACAGGGGUCCCCAGGGCCACCCGGGCAGCCGCGGCCAGGACGGGGCACAGGGCGAGCCGGGCCCCAGGGGCGAGCCGGGCGAGAAGGGCACUUGGGCCAGUAGCUUCCAAACCCUCCUGCGGCAGCAGGCCCGGCUGGAGGUCCUGGCUAGAAGGGUCACCUUGCUGGAAGCCAUCAUCUGGCCAGAACCAGAGCCCGGAUCCGGCAGCGGCCCCCCCGGCACAGUGACGCCUGGGCCCCCCCGCAGCAAGCGUGGCAGCGGCCAGCCCCCCUACCGCAUCGUGGCCCCCCACCGGCGGCCCCCCGGAAAGCAGUGA